GUAUAUGGAAACGAAGGCGACGGCUGGUUUGACAGACGUGAAUAUGGUUCGGAGUAUAUCGGAGAUAUUCGAUGACGUACAGAGGCAAAUGGAACGAAACGCUAGUGAUGAACAGUCAGGUGGAACGUCAUCUAGUCAUAAAAAGUUGACACUAUUGAAAGUUCAACGCUUUCUGAAUUUUACAUCUGGUUUAUUUGAGAAUGCCAUGCGGUCUGAACUGAAAGCGAAAGCGUUCAAGUCGCAAGCCGAGAGUGCACGAUCGAGGCGAUUGGGUCGAGGGAAGACGGAUGGUGGUGCUUCGGUUGGAGAGGGAGGCGAGAAGGCAGCGACAGCAUCCGAGACAACCAGUAAAGUCGGUCGAGAUUUGGACAUUUUGUAUUCGGUUGGUGAAAUUUUGGUUGAAAAUAUGAAUGGUAAUAAUAAUGGUGAUAAUGAA